AUGCCAGAGCUCGCCGCCGCGGCAAGAAUCGACAGCUCGUCGGGAGACGAGAGCGACGUAGACCGCCGAGAGACGGUCCGCUACCACCCGGUGCUCUCCGCGGCCGAGCUCGAGGCCGAACGGGAGCGGGAACUCCAACAGAGGCGCACGGCGAGCGAGCGGGAACGCGCCCGAAUGAAAGACAUGAACCGAGCGUACGAGGCUCUACGGACCAAGCUUUCGCAUCGAAGGGAACCAGGCAAGAAGCUGUCGAAGAUUCAGUGUCUGAAGUUCGCCAUUGAGUACAUUUCGGACUUGGAGGAAUCGUUGACGAUGUCCUAUAACGAGAGAACGGCGACGGCGGACUAUGUCUACUGGGCUAAAACUCGGGGAUACAUUUGGGCCAAGGAAAAGGCCGCACAAAUGCCAAACGAAGGCCGCCGUCCCCCUGUUUCAAGUCUGCCAUUCCCCGAUGUUUCUACUACCUCAAAACACAACAGCAGCUCUGUCAACAACAAUGACAUAAAUACAAACAACAACGCGCACAUGUGUAGCCCAGUUCACCCCUCGCCUGUGGUCAGCCCUACACGCCCGGCUAGUAGUAACAUUACGGUAUACGGGUUCGAUUCCCAGUGUGUACAGGACUACAGUCCGGCCAGUCUAUGGACGCUGAGUAAAGAAAACAGUCAGGAGUACGAUUCAAACGACGCGGAGUUGGCCUGGAGUGAAUGGAGUACGGAACAGGGAACAUGCGACAUGGACGCACCUCAGCAUUAUCUACAAAGAUAUGACUCUUGUUUCGGCACCAGUACGGUUUGA